GGUCGUGUAGUGGAAUAAAACUUGUGGCGGUGAUAAGAGCUUUAUCCUACAGAAAAGCCCACCAUUGUGAAACCCAUUUCUAUAAAUUCUCGUUUCCUCCUCCAACUAUCUACUCCAUUAAAGUUCCUCCCUAUUACUUUUAUCAACAAAUUUAAAUCUGAAAAUCAACUUAUUUCUCCUACCCAAACCAAUACAAUGGAUUCAGAAUGUAAGGAAGUGGCUCAGGUCGCAGUGGUGAUGGUGCCUCUUCCGGCACAAGGCCAUCUCAACCAGCUCCUUCACCUCUCCCGCCACGUCUCCUCCUACAACAUCCCCGUCCAUUUCGUCGGCACCACCAUGCACAACCGCCAAGCAAAGGCUAGAGUCCAGGGUUGGGACCUUUCAGCCACCACCAAUAUUCAUUUCCAUGAUUUUCCAACACCUCCAUUUCACAGCCCUCCCCCUGACCCCAAUGCCACCUAUAAAUUUCCCUCACAAAUCAUUCCGGCAUUUCACGCGUCAAUGCAUCUGCGCGUGCCUGUUUACGCUUUUGUAAACGAACUUACGAGCACAGCCAGAAGAAUUGCUGUCAUUUAUGAUUCUAUGAUGGCUUAUGUUGUUCAGGACAUACAUUCUAUUACGAAUGUUGAAAGCUAUUGUUUUAAUAGUAUAUCGGCGUUCUGUAUAUACGCAUAUUACUGGGAAGCUACUGGAAAAUCUGCUGUAAGUACUGAAGCAGAAAUUUUGAAAGAACUUCCUUCCCCGGAAGGUUGCGUUCCACCAGAGGUUUCAAAAUUUACAAAAUUGCAAGUAGAGGCGAAGAUAUCCAGCUCCGGAGAUCUUUAUAAUUCGAACAGAUUAAUAGAGGAGUUGUAUCUUGAUUUACUUGCAAAAGAGAAGACGACAGGAACAGAUAAAGUAUGGGCUGUAGGACCAUUUAAUCCAGUGGUGAUACCUGAAAAAAGGGACUUAAACAGCCAUAAAAACUGCUUAGAAUGGCUUGACAAACAACCUCAGAAUUCAGUGAUAUUUGUUUCAUUCGGCUCAAGUUCUACGUUUUCCAAUGAACAAAUCAAAGAGCUCGCGCUCGGGUUAGAACAGAGUGAACAAAAAUUCAUAUGGGUAUUGAGAGAUGCGGAUAAAGGGGAUAUCUCCGACGGUGAAGUUAGGAGAGUUCCAUUGCCUGAAGGGUUUGAAAAGAGAGUGGAAGGAAGAGGACUGGUUGUGAGAGACUGGGCACCACAGUUGAAAAUUCUGGGUCACCCGUUCACCGGUGGCUUCAUCAGUCAUUGCGGAUGGAAUUCAUGUAUAGAGAGCAUAAGCAUGGGAGUUCCAAUAGCAGCUUGGCCGGUGCAUUCAGAUCAGCCUAGAAACGCCGUGCUAAUAACCAAAGUACUGAAAAUCGGUCUGGAAGUACGGGAUUGGGCACAUAGCGAAGAAUUGGUGUCACCAGCUGUGGUAGAGAAGGCUGUAAGAAGAUUGAUGGAUUCAGCAGAAGGAGAAGAGAUACGAAAAAGGGCAGCAGAAUUAGGAGAUGCAGUAAAGCAGUCAGUGAUGGAUGGUGGUGGUACACGCAAGGAGAUGGAUUCCUUUAUUGCUCAUAUUACUAGACAAAUUUCUCCAUCUCAAAUCUAGAGAUCUUUUGUUAUCCUUAUCGCUAGUACUUUAAUCUGUUAUUUUCAAGAAUAAUAAGUUAUUUGAGAAUUUUGCUUUUCGUUCUAAGUGUUUAUUCACAAGAUUAUGUGAUCUAUACAUCCUAACUUUGUUCCUCAGUAGCAAGUUAUUAAAUACAAAAUAGCAACUUUUCAA